AUGGUGAUAAUCGCUCUUAAGGAGAGGAAGAGGCGUGAAGCGGAAGAGGCCGCGAGACGAGCUGCCGAGGCGGCUCAGGCGCAGACCGAGGCGGUCUCGGCGCAUACCGAGGCCAUUCCUCAACCCGACCCACCGAGCCGGGAAGGAGAUCAAACGACCCGAGCCGCAGAAGACUGCACAGCCGAAGUGGUCGAAAGAAAUGCGGUGCCCGAGGUGGAACCGGGCGAAAUUGUUCCUGAGGCGUCCGGGGGCGAUUCGGCGGCUCGGAGCAAAGAGCCUUCGAACUCUGUUAUUAUAGCCCUCCCGAAGUCGACAAGGCCCCCGACUUCCGUUGUUCAGAAACAUGAUCCGAGCCGAAAACGUUCGGCUGCUGAUAAAGGGAAGGGGGUCGCUGUUCAGAGGGACGAGCCGUCCAAGAAGAGGCGGAAGCCGACGCCCGGGGACUCCGCUGCGUGCAAGUUGGUCGUUGACGACCCCGACGCCUCCGCCAUCAUGUUCUCGCGUGUAAAUAACGCGAACACGCGUCUUCCUCCUCCGGAGAAGAGGAGGCCGAGGUCUUACGGUGCAAUGGCGCAGCGCGGGACCAAGUUUGUUGCGGCCAUUAACGACCUAAUGGCCGAGUAUGAGGCGGACCUGUCUAAGGUCGAACGUCGUUUUGCCGAUGCCAAAACUGAGUCCGCAGCGUCAAAGACGAAGCUAGAAGAGGCUCAGACCGAAGCCACGGCGGCGAAGGAGAAACUGGGCGAGGCGGUGGCCAGGGCAUCCAAGCUUGAAGAGGAGAAGAUCGUUCUGCGUGCCAACGUUGACAAGGUCUCCGCCUCGGUCAUUCGUCUCGAGGAGGCGAGGAGGGCCAAGAGCGCCAAGGUGGCGAUGCUGAAGAGGCGUAUUAAGGCCAAGGACGCCCUGUUUGAUGCCAAGGUUAAGAGGGCAAAAAAGGACGCGAGGCGAGAGCUCACGGUGAAGUUUCAAGAACGCCUCGCCAAGGUAGAGGAGGGUUUGGCUAGGCUUGAAAAAGCCAAAAAUGAUGAGAACGAUCUGGGGCAGAUCAAGGGCAAUCUUGCGAUGAUUGCCGAUCUGAAGAAACCAGACGCCCCGACGCUUGACGACGAGGAGGCGAAGCUGAAGAGCUGGGAAAGCGAGUAUGCCGACGACGAGGCGUACGAGCGCAUUGCUUCCGAGAUUCGGGGCGAGCUGUACUACUCUCCCGUAUCGCCGGACUCGGUCGACACCACCCUCGGCAACGAGCCGCUCGAAGAGACAGCGGCCAACUUAGGCGUGGUAGAUCCGAACGGAUCAAACGCGGGCACGCCAGUCCUCUCGAACCUCACCAAACGUGAGACGCAGUCCGCGGCCUGA